UCGCGAGAGGAUAGAAUUGCGCUUUCUAUUCUGCUACGUGACUAGUCCACUGUGCCAUGAAAAAAGCACAACGAAAGUACCUUUAUUUGGCAUUAAAACGACCACCUGCAGGCAGCGUUUUGUAAGCUAUAGGAGGCACUUUUCUGCCGCAUGAUAAGUUAGAUAACACGUCUUCUGGCAGUUGCUUAAAUGUGUGUUCAAGACUGCGAAUCAACUCAACGUGUUCAAACUGUUGUCAAUGUCGUCAGAACUUGAGAAACCAGUCAGCACUGACAACAUUAAGGCUCCAGAAGACAGCUGGAGACUGGACUAUGUCACUGGGAACCUGUUCUCCUGCCCUGAGGAUGAGGCUUUGGCCCACUGCAUCAGUGAGGACUGCCGCAUGGGGGCAGGCAUAGCAGUGCUGUUCAAGAAGAAGUUCAAAGGGGUAGAUGAGUUAAAGGGACAGGGGAAGCUGACAGGAGAGUGUGCUGUGUUAAAAAGAGACGGACGUUUUGUCUACUAUCUGAUCACAAAGAAAAAGGCCAGUCAAAAGCCCACCUAUGUCAGCUUGACACAGAGCCUUGAGGAUAUGAAGACGCACUGUGUGGAGAACGGAAUAACGAGAAUAUCAAUGCCUCGUAUCGGUUGUGGCCUGGAUCGCCUGCAGUGGAAUAAAGUGUCAGAGAUACUGGAGCAGGUCUUCAAACACACAAACAUCUCCAUCACAGUCUACAGCCUCCCAGAGAAAGCAGAGACCACAGUGAUGAAAGAAAACAUGCGCAGAUGAUUGAUAGAAAAAGCUCAUUUAUUGUAAUUACAAGUAUGCAUUUUUUCUGUAAUGUCAGUACUAAUCUUGUUAAUUGAAACUAAAAUAAAUGAUCUUUUUUUU